AUGGCCAGGUUAUCGUUUUCUCAAAUGACCUCUGUGAUAUGAAGACUCGUGUUUUCUCAAUCAUCAUUCUUAGGCACCAAUCUAAUCAUCCUAUCUGCCAUUUAAGCUUAGAGUUAACCAUUCCCUGACGACGCAUAUCUUAUUGAUAAGUAGGCAAACUAGAAGACGCUUUGCUAUUGUAAUUGAGCACUGGUUUUCUUAAUAAGUGGUAGACGCAGGGGAAAUGAAAGCUCCACAUUCUCUUUACAUCCUGGUGGCAAUUACUUUCAGAGCAACACUUUGCCAAGACUCAUGCAACAAGCCUCUCGGACUCGAAGACGAACGUAUAAAAGACGCACAAUUCACAGCCCUUACAGCCUAUGACGAGAACAUUAAAGUCUAUGGCCCACAGAGGGCUCGUUUGAACCUUUUAAAGUGGCCUCAAGGUUACCGCGGAAACCCCAAAUCACAGGAGAAUUCUUGGGUAUCGGUGGAUUUUGGUCGGGGCGUGGUCAUCACCGGGAUAGCGACGCAAGGUUAUGGGGAGAGGGGUAUUCAAGAGUGGGUGUCCAUGUUUAUGUUGAUGUACUCAACACAAGAGGAUGACAAUGAGAAGACUUUGGCGCCAGCUGAUCGCAGCAGUGAAUGGCUUUUUCAAGGUAAUUAUGACGCAUCGACAGUUGUUCGUCAAAGUAUUCUCCGACCAGUUAUAGCAUCAAGAGUGAAGUUGAUCCCAAUUGAAUGGCACACGAAUGUUGGUCUGCGCAUGGAACUGUUCGGAUGUGAUGCAGAUUACUACAUGGACGCAUGGCUGCUCUACCGUGACACAAGUUUCCGAAUGGCUUACUCCAUUCCAAGCAGUAACGAGUACCAAACGAUGGCAAACAGUACCGAAAAACUGCUGAGCAAUUAUUUCGACGUGAACUACGUUACUGGCUACCUGAAGACUAAAUUCAUGGAAUUCAGUCCACAGACGUCUACGUCUGGUCUCACUAAUCUCGCCGCAAAAAUAAGAUUCUACUGCCUCAGAACAUCACGUGAGACCCUGAUGCGAGAGCUGAAUAUAUUUGUGUCUGCUCCUGACUCGACAUUUGAAAACGAGAUCACCAAGCUCAGAUUUAGCAAGCUCGACUGCAAGCCGCCCAAAAUAAAUAUAAAGCCCUCCGUAGACACACCCAAAAUUGUGGGUGUUAUCAGAAGAUCUUUUCCUGUUUUUACUGUAAGCAUCCGACAAGACUGUCCGUCCAACGACAAUCUUCUCAUAUAUUGGCAAAUAGCCACAUUGGCUAACUCUAGAAAGGUCUUGUCACCAUUGUCGCCUCCGCAGCAUUUAAACAUCAACAAGUUUUUAUUGCUGCCAGAGAUGUACCCUAUGGUGGACACGUUAUAUAUACGAUGUGUAGCGCUACUUCAAGGAUUCCAGUGGACCUUCUCCAUGGACGACAGAUUCAUAAAACUGAUUGACGCAGAUGUUGUGGCAAAGGUACAGGGGCCUUCAAUAGCGAUACGUGGAAUAUCUGACAUAGAGUUAGACGCAUCGCAUUCUUAUCUUACCACGUCUUCUGAGUGGGCGAAACGUGUGAUUCUAACAUAUUCGUGGUAUUGCUUUGGACCUGUGAUGGAUAAGAGAAUAGAUCAAGCUGGAAAGGUUAAAUGCAGUCCAAAAGGAGAACGCUUAGGAAUUGCUACUGAGGCCUUACACAUAAAUGCGAGUGAUCUUGUUGAAGGAAACUACGCGUUUCAGAUGAUCGUAGAAGCUGAUGGGGUAACAUCCGUGGCGGUUCAAAACGUAACAGUGUAUGGAUUUCAGGGACUUUCGAUAAGGUGUCAAAGCAACUGUGGUCGUAAGAUCAAUUCACAAAUCACCGGGAUAUUGGAAGCGGAGUGUCGUGGUUCUGUCUGCAGCCUUCAACGUCGAUACCUAUGGUCUGCCGUCUACACGGAAUCGGCUUCAGAAAAAUGGCGCGAAGUGAACCUGACUAACGAUCCUUACAGCUCGCGCAUUAGUCUCACAAACUUACCAGAGAUCCUUAACACAUCAACAAAUAUUGAUAAACCAUUUAUUAUCAAAGUUCGCGCUUUCUUUGGUGAUAGCGCUCAAAUUACAUCUACUGCUGACUUCAUCCUCAACUCUGUGCCCGCCACUGAUUAUACAGGAGAGGCUGGCUGUUUCGUGAAUGUGCGGCAAGGAUACGCAAUGAAGACCAAGUUUCAAAUAUCCUGCGAACGAUGGCAGGACGAGGAUAUGCCACUAUCUUACAAGUUCCAGUACUUGAGUGAGUUUGGUAACAUUAUACUUCAGUCAGGUUAUUUGGCAAAUGCAUCCGCAGAGCUAUUACCGGGAAAUGCUACUUUGGAUUACAUGGUCGAUAUUGAGUGCGUAGUGGUCGACUCACUUGGAGCAAGCGCUACAGUAAAAUUACCUGUUAAGGUACUGCCACCAUCUGAAUCGGAAGUCAAGUCCUUGCUUAAGAACAUCAAAAACACACUAUCCGACCUGAUCGAGUCAGGUGACCAAGACAAAGCUGCUGACAUGUCUUUGUUUUCCCUCUCCGUGAUGAAGACACGAAAUAACUCAGCAAAAGAGGAGGCGGAGAUCAAGGCAAACAUCCUGGAUGAGAUGGCGGACAUUGUGGUACAAACACUUCCCCAAGUGACAAAAUUCGCAGUUCUCGGAGCUGAAACAACACACCAAGAUUGGCCUAUGUCCAAUAAAACAAAGAAAAAUGCCUUAAAUCUGAUAACAAAGACAGCAAACACCUUGAAGAACUUGACCUCUGAAGGAAAUAUGGGAAUUGAUGCGGACCUUGUAAAAAAUGUGGCCGAAAUAUUUAUUGACGGAGUAAGCAAUGUGCUGCUUUCAGCAAUACCAGAUAAUGAGGUGGAUAUAUCACACAAAUGCGCCAACGUUUCCCAGACAAUAGCAAGGACGUUCGCAACUCUGAAAGCAGUUGGCAUCGGCUCAGUGAGCAUCACAUCCAAAGCAAUAACCAUCAAUGUUAACAGAGAUACACCCUUGGCUUUUGAUAGAGUGAGUACGCGGACGGGCAGAAGUACUUUGAUGCUACCUCCAUCCGUCACAUUGUUUCCGAAUACAUCAGCAACCCCUCCAUCUAUUGAUCUGCAGGUCAUACAGUUUGUUGCGAAUCCAUUUUUUGGAGACCCAAGCCAAGUAUCUGUGAAUUCCGAAGUUCUUGACGUCAGUUUGUAUGUGGAAUCUUUUGGCGAGCUCAAAGUUAAGAACCUGCAACCACCAAUUAACCUCUUCAUUCCGCUAAAAAGAAAACAUCAAAAUGAAAGUAAAAUGCAGAGUCCUUCACACUUCGUAAAGCCAACAUUGAAUGCCUCAAAUACAAUGAACAUGACAUUUCAUCGGAUUUUUAUAACUUCAGAGUAUGUCAAUCUGACAGUAACAUUGAAGCCAGAGGCUGGAAGCUACGUAGAUGUGUUUGUAAAACCAGCCGUUCGACCGUCAUAUGACCAGUAUGUCUUCAAGAAAAAAAUCCCAGAUCUGAACGCCUGCUUUGACUCAAAGCUUUCACCGUGGAAUGCAGUCGAUGGUUGUAAAAGGGAUCCGUUCUCUUUUGAUAUAAACAGUAAAAUUACAGGAGCCAAGGGUCUCCACUUCAUUGGAGUUCGGUUCCAACCUUUGAAGGGAAAAGAAAGCUCUGACACUGAGUUAAAUGGAAUGCCGAACCUAGAUGAGAGUUCUCAUAACGCUAGGAUCGUAAGGAGGAACAAUCAGAUUGAAUUUUCAUGCAAGAGUUCUAAUGGUCGUCAAAAGCGCGCGUGUGUCGGUGUAAAAGAUCCACCCCCCACACCUCCACGGCCUACGCAAGUAUUUUAUCCAGUCUACGACAGCACGACAGACGUUAACUACACUUUGCAAAUAUCUAUGGCAUCGUGUGUUUACUGGGAUCAUGCACGGGGGACCUGGAGCAGUGACGGGUGUACGAUUGGAAAACAGUCCAACACCUCCCAUGUUCACUGUCUCUGCAACCAUCUUACGCCUUUUGGCGGCGACUUUCUGAUUGCACCAAACCCUAUCGAUUUUGACAAGGUUCUAAUGGAGUUCUCUCGUCUCGGAGAGACUGGUAACGUGUUAGUUCUCGUGAUGGUUUGCGUGCUGUGGGCUGUUUAUUUACUUGGACUGAUGGUGGCAAGGAGGGCAGAUGUCAACGAUAUUAGCAAAGAAUUAUGCAGCACUCUUAUAAAUUCUGAAGACUCUUCGUCGGCGGCUUACUACAAAAUCACUAUAUUCACUGGAGUGUGGAAGGGCUGUGGGACGACCUCAAGUGUAGGAAUGACACUUUACGGGGACAGAGACAACAGCAGGCCUUUUUAUUUCAACAACAGCACAAAAGGACCCUCCUUUUUUAGCCGUGGAAGUGUAACUUCAUUUAUCGUCAAGUGCAGGACACUUGGAAAUAUUUUUAGGGUAGAGCUGUGGCAUGACAAUUCUGGGCCAAAUCCAUCCUGGUUUAUCGACCGAAUAGAAAUCGCUGAAGAACAUUCCGGCAAAUACUGGUAUUUUUUAGCACGGAGAUGGCUAGCUGUACAUAAGGAGGGUAUUCAUGUGACACUGCCCAUUUCCGAUAUCAGCGAUCUGCGCAAGUUCAAAAACAUAUUUUAUUCGCGAGCGUCGAAACAAUUCUGCGAUGCGCAUUUAUGGCUAUCAAUAUUUACUAGAACGACACAAAGUCCAUUCACGAGAUGUCAGCGGCUUGCGUGUUGCUUUCUUAUAGUUUUUGGAUCGAUGGUUGUCAACGCCAUGUUUUACCAGUUCGGGAAGCAAACGGAUGAUGACUUUCAUGUCGGCCCUGUCCGCGUAAGUCUCAGUGGAAUAAAGAUCGGUGUUCAAAGUGCUCUGAUGCUUCUUCCCGUAACGACCUUAGUGGUUCUUAUUUUUAAAAAUAUUAAACAACAGAGAAUAACCCUUUCUCUUGGCGACCCAGAGGCCCUAGAGAAAAUAACUGUCGGGUGCCUCCCAGCAGGGGCUACCUGGAUCGCGUGGCUCAUCUGCUUAUCUGGUUCUGCUGCAUCCUCAGUGUUUACGGUGUUUUACAGUCUCGUAUGGGGGGCUGAAAUCUCCAACCAGUGGCUAAUCUCAACAAUGGUGUCAUUCGUCGAGGAUAUCUUCUUCAUUCAGCCAGUAAAACUAAUUAUCUUGUCAUGCCUUCUUGCUUGGAUCAUCAAGCCAGAUUUAGGCAAAGAAAAGGACAGUUUUACUAGUCACUGCGUGCUGUUGCGACACGAAGAAGUUUCAUUACCCGCAGCAAGGAAACUUAAGAAAUGCCGGGAACGAAAAGUCAAGCGUCGGUGGCUAACGGCUACUACUAUUGAAAUUGCUGCAUUCUUAUUUUUCGUUUACCUUGUGUUUGUCGUCUGUUAUGGUCGUCGCGACAGCAGAAUGUUCACAAUGACAGAAAGUGUUAAGGGACACUUUCCGGAAUUUCAAGAGGUUGAGGGUCCGUCGUCGUUUUGGAAAUGGACCAGUGACGUGCUGCUACCAGCUCUUUAUGAUAAGAAACAGAAUGCUGCCCUUGAUGAGGGGUUUAUAGGCAAUGGUAAACUCUUCUUGGUUGGAAUGCCUAGGAUAAGGCAGCUGAGAGUCGUCUCUAAUCUUGAUUGCUUUUCUGGCACAGAUCCACUUCUUAGCCGCACCCUACCUAGAUGCCUUCCUGACUACAGCAUCUCUUCUGAAGACAGGUCUCCAUACAGCUUACCUGGGUGGAUACCAAUCCUAAACAACAGCAGUAACCAUACCAAGCAAGAGAUAAGUCAUAUGUGUCCUAUACCCUGGCGGUAUCAGACAGGUGACAAGCUCCAGUCAAUGGAAUUAUUCACAUCCGAGAUUUCGUACAGUGGUGGAGGCUUUGUUGCUGACCUUGGCUACGAUUCGAAGACCGCCUCUCGUAUUAUUAAAACAUUAAAAGAGCUCAACUGGAUCGACCGUAAGACUGCUGGAAUAUUAGUAGAAUUUGCAUUGUUCGACCCUUCAAGCUCGCUGUUUAGCGCCCAAAAAUUUAUUCUUCAGAGAUUUCCUUCUUCGGGGUCUGUAGGAGUACGCCGGCUUGACACCAUCUCUGUGUAUCAUCCAACGAAUGAUGCGUUUUUUGUCUUCACACAAGUUUGUCAACUUCUGUUAAUUAUGCUCAUAUUGCUCUACAUUGCUGCGGAGUUCAUAUCCUUAUACAGACAAGGCCUAGGGUAUUUUCGUCGAUUCUGGAGCUGGGUCGAUCUUCUUCAAGUUCUUGGAGUCCUCGCCGCCUUGGUAAUGUUCUACGCUAAGGAAUGGUACGUUGGGAACUUUGUGCGGAGAAUAAGGCACAACCCUUACGAGACUUCAAGUAUGGAUUACAUUGUCUUCUGGAAUGAAAUAGAGAACACUCUUCUUUCCAUAGUCAUAUAUCUCAUGACACUCAAGAUGCUUCGGAUUAUACGGUUCAAUCUGCACAUAUAUCUGCUGACCAACACUCUUGAGCACGCUGUACGGUUUGUGUUCUCGUUCUUCGUGAUGUUCGUGGUAAUCGUUAUAGGAUGUAGCCUGAUGGCAUCGUUAGCGUUUGGUGAAGAUCAACAGGACUUCUCGUCCCUACCUCGCUCAAUUGCUACUUGCCUGACACUGAUUGUCGCACCAAACGACAGCAAAGAGUCGGACCGCGUAAUAGCCCCAUUGUUUUUAAUUGUUUAUUCUGUCAGUGUGUAUGUUCUCUUGAUAAAUCUUCUGAUGGCAAUACUUAAUGAGAGCUUUUCUCGUGCGAAGAGUUUACUCAACCCGAAAGAAAUUCCAGAAGUUUCUUACGCUCAACAUUACGCAAAAAAACUCAAAGCAAAUAUAGGCAAUCUUUUUAACAGUAAACAAACCAAUAAGAAAAUGUCACUCGGCCUCAAAUCUUUAAAUGGAAUGAAAACAUCAAGUGACCGUCGCGAGGAAGAGCCGUUGUUGAUGGAGUCCGAAAGGCAUCAGAUCACUGCAAAGCUGCGCAAAUAUCAAGAUGACUCGCGAAAACUUGAUCCCGCUAUCGGAAACCUAUUGGAGCAAUUCAUGGACUUCGAUUCAACUGCCUUGCACUCUUCCAUUGAGCGGAUUAUGGACUUGGAAGAAUGUGAUUAUGCAAACUUAGAGGAAAUAGGGAACAGCCUUCAAGUUAUUAGCGAUAUUCUAAAGUUUUCUAUUUCACGCGAUGAUUUAGCCAGCCAGUAGACUACCGCCCUUGAGGUGGCUAGCUAGAACAAGCUCAUGUUGCCGUUUUAAAAUAAAGACAAAUGAAAUGAGUAUUGCUGCCCUAGAAAUCCUGAGACAGAUUUGGUUAUUAUAAUUACGAAAGGGUAUUUUUUCUUUUAUUUCAAAUUGCGACAUGUAUUACAAAUUGCGACGAUAAUUACAAAUUGCGACUCUACACACGGUCACUCUGUUGCAUCCUUCCCAGGAUAACUUCUGUAGUGUGGAUCUACGUAUAGAAACUAUGAUGUACGCUGUCAAUGCAAAUUAAAUUCUCAGCAUAUCAUUUGAUCAGCGAUGACCGAACAUCUGCAAAAAGUUAAAAUUGACUCGAUUUCUCGCUUAAUUUUGAGUGGAUUGCUGGAAAAACUUGAUUCAGCGGUAGCUGCAUCUCAUCCUGUGCUGUAUUGAAGUUGACAGCCUUGUCUUAUUAACAUACUUAGUAUCGACACAAAGAAAAAAGACAAACGUACAUCGUUCUUUACUUGUAAGAGCUUCUAGGGAAAAAAACACAAAUGGAUACCAAAUUUAUUUCAUUAGAGAAUAAAGAUAUAACCCAUAGAUACA